AUGGACAGACAAAGAGACAAUGGCGUUGCUCGGGACAUGGGACAUAUGGGCGUGAUGAACCGACACAGCUCAUGGGGUCAACAAUUAAGAUAUGGCACUCUGAGGGUGUCCAGUGGAAUCAACAACUUCGGGUCAGUCCAGGUUCAUCUCCUUCUCUGUAACCUUGCUUCCUGGGUUGUAGUGUUCCUCUGUCUCAUGAAAGGCAUCAGGUCUGUAGGAAAGGUGGUAUAUGUGACUGUAUUGGUGCCGUAUAUCCUUCUGACGAUGCUGCUCAUAAGGUCGUGCAUGAUGCCGGGAUCAGGGGAGGGAAUACUGUACUUCUUACGUCCAGACUUCUCACGACUAGCUUCUGUUCAGGUGUGGUUAGAAGCGCUGCUCCAAGGUUUCUAUUCAACGAGCGUUACGUACGGCGCACUCAUCACCAUGAGCAGCUACAACAACUUCUACAACAGACCUUUGAAAGACGUUGUGUUAGUUACCGUCAUUGGUGAAGUAAGUAGUAUACUCUGUGGUUUGGUGGUCUUCUCCACACUGGGCUUCAUGGCACACCAGGCGCAGAUACCGAUAUCAGAAGUUGUAUCCUCAGGUUCUGGUCUCGGAUUCAUCAUCUACCCAGAGGCCAUUGCCCAGCUUCCUGUGUCUCAACUGUGGGCAGUCCUCUUCUUCAUCAUGCUCUUUAUGAUGGGAAUAGAUUCUAUGUUUGGUCUAACGGAAACGACCACAGCUGGACUCAUAGAGGCGUGUCCAAAAUACCUUCAACAACGACGAAUGUGUGUCACUGCUGGAGUGUGUCUCGUUGGCUUCGUUGUGUCCAUUCCCUUUGUAACCGAGGGUGGGAUUUACCUCUUCCAACUGAUGGAGUGGUACGCCUCCUCCUUUAGCACACUGCUCAUUGGCUGUCUCGAGUGUGUCGUCAUCAACUGGAUCUAUGGUAAAACCAUGUGGCACAAUUUGCGAUAA